AUGAUAACGAUGUGUACAUUGAAAAUCGUACGAAAUCUCCUCCUUAUGAUGCCUUAUAAUUUAUAUGUUUUACAAAGGCCAAUUAUUAAUGAUAAUAAUAAUGUAGAAUUACAGCUAGAAUCUGAUGAUAAUCUACAAAUACAAUUGUUGCAGUUUAUUAAAAUACCACCUGUAAUUUUACGACUGAGGAAAGUAGAGCAGUUGAAAGCUGGAACCGAAAAAGCAAAAUGCAAAGAAAAAAUAACUCUUAUCUUAAUCCAAACCCGCACUUACGGCAUCUAA